AUGUCGACAACAUCUAAUCCAUUAAUGUCGGCAACAUCUAAUCCAUUAAUGUCGACAACAUCUAAUCCAUUAAUGUCGGCAACAUCUAAUCCAUUAAUGUCGACAACAUCUAAUCCAUUAAUGUCGACAACAUCUAAUCCAUUAAUGUCGACAACAUCUAAUCCAUUAAUGUCGACAACAUCUAAUCUUAUAAUGUCGACAACAUCUAAUCCAUUAAUGUCGACAACAGCUAAUCUUAUAAUGUCGACAACAGCUUAUCUAUUAAUGUCGACAACAGCUUAUCUAUUAAUGUCGACAACAUCUAAUCCAUUAAUGUCGACAACAUCUAAUCUUAUAAUGUCGACAACAUCUAAUCCAUUAAUGUCGACAACAGCUAAUCUUAUAAUGUCGACAACAGCUUAUCUAUUAAUGUCGACAACAGCUAAUCUUAUAAUGCUGAUAGUUCAUCUACAAUGCCGACUAUAG